GGAACUCCGAUGUCUUCCGCACUGCUCAAAUUGCGACAAAAAGAUGCUCACCACGUGCUUCGGUGUGCCGAAAAUGACCACCUCGCUCUUGGCGCGUCGCCGUGGCCAAUGAAACAGUGCAGCACGGCGUGAUCGUGUGUGAUGUGGUUGAGAAGUGUGCCUCCGAGUGCGGAGCCCGCCAAAAUCGCCUAUAUUUAGAUAUGCAAUGACCCAUUCGCGACCUUCACUGUAUCGGAGCGUCUAAGUUCAAGAAUGUCUGUCUCACAGCGCAACAGCUGAGAAUCGCGCACCUCCCAUUCAACAUAGAUACAGUACGAUCACCACUGAUCUCUGAACUGCUUGUGCCGCAAUUCGCCGAUCUGUGACGUGAAGAUUACAAGAGGGAAUGUCACUGAAAGGAACAAUUUGCGGAACAAGUGUUGGGCGAAAAGAGUGUGACACAAUGACAGUGCCGAAUGAAUCGAUAGCAGUGAAAGUCACUCGGCCAAUUUAUCGCCUAGAGCAGAUUAAUCAGAAUUUUCAAUAUGAGAAUCCGAAGAAGAGCAAAUGGAAGUCUGUGGUGCACAACGCGAAGCAGGUGGACUUCUUCCGGAGCCUCCUGUCCGUGAUUCCCAUCAUGGAUUGGGGUAGAUCCUACUCGCUGCGUCAGGACCUGCCGCUGGACCUCAUCUCGGGCUGCACAGUGGCUGUGAUGCACAUACCGCAGGGCAUGGGCUAUGCCCUGCUCGCCAAUGUGCCGGCAAUCAUGGGCAUCUACACGGCAUUCUUUCCCGUCCUCAUCUACUUCCUCUUCGGCACGUCGCGUCACAACUCAAUGGGGACUUUCGCCGUGGUGUCGAUCAUGGUGGGAAAGCUUGUGCUCAAGUACUCAGCAGAUCCUAGUCAGUCGACGGACAGCUCGAUGCCCACAGCCAUAGAAGUGGCCACAAUUGUGGCCUUCAUGGUGGGCAUUUAUCUGCUUGUCUUCUACAUCUUGCGCCUGGGCGUCGUGUCCACACUCCUGUCAGACGUCCUCGUGUCCGGCUUCACGACGGGCUGUGCCAUUCACGUGUUCACGUCGCAGAUCAAGGACAUCCUGGGCCUGUCUCUGCCCCAGAUUCCGGGUUACUUCGACGUGGUAACCACGUUCUAUGAGAUUGCGAAGAGGGUGACGGAGGCGAAUUGGGUGUCGUGCGUGAUUUCCGCCGUGGCGAUGAUUGUGCUGAUCAUCAACAAUGAACUGCUGAAGCCACGCCUGGCGAAGAUCACCAUUGUGCCGAUGCCAAUUGAGCUGAUCGCCGUGGUGACGGGAACUCUGGCAUCUCGCUACCUAGAUCUGGCCACAGUGUGGAAUGUGAAGACUAUCCAGGACAUUCCGCUGGGCUUUCCAAUGCUCACGACACCCAAAUUCGCACUGGUGCCGAAGAUCGCAACAGAGAGCUUCAUAAUUGCCAUUGUUUCCUACACAGUCACAGUUUCCAUGGCAUUGAUCUUUGCCCAGAAGUUGCAAUACAAAAUCCGCUUCAACCAGGAACUUCUCGCGAUGGGCAUCGGCAACAUUUUCGGCUCCUUCUUUCAGUGCAUCCCAUUCUGCGCAUCGCUGUCUCGCUCUGUGAUCCAACAAACUGUGGGCGGUCGCACUCAGGUGGCCUCCGUGGUGUCCUGUAGCAUCCUGGUGGUGAUUCUCCUGUGGGUCGGCAAGUUCUUCGAGCCGCUGCCGAAGUGUGUGCUGGCCAGCAUAAUUCUCGUGUCGCUGAAAGGACUUCUCAUGCAGUACAGAGACUUCUUCAGAUUCUGGAAGUGCAGCCAUCUCGACGGCUUCAUCUGGCUCACCACCUUCCUCACAGUUGUCCUCGUGGCCAUCGAUGUGGGCCUGAUUGUGGGCAUUGCACUCAGCAUUCUCACGCUGCUGCUAAAGAGCCUGAAGCCCUAUGUGUGCCUGCUGGGCAGCGUGCCCGGCACGGAGAUCUACUUGGACGUGACCAAGUACAAGGGCACCGUGGAGGUGCCCAAUGUCAAGAUCUUCCACUACUGUGGAUCGCUGAACUUCGCGUCGCGCGAUCAGUUCCGAAAGUUGCUGUACAAGCUCACGGGCCUGAAGGGCAGAAAGGCGCCGGUGACUGAGGAUGGCGUGAAGGAUGAAUCGCCACACGAUGUGAGAUGCAUCGUGUUGGACUUUUCGGCUGUUACGUAUGUGGAUUCUGGUGGUUUUGCCACACUCAAGUCCAUCAUUGAAGAACUGAGCGGACGAUCAAUUCUAGUAUUAAUUGCAGCGAUUUCAUGUCCCGUGUACGAGGGCUACAAGAAGUCCAACUUGUAUGACUUGGAGAAGGAGGGCAUGAGCAAGAACUUCCCAACAAUUCACGAUGCAGUUCAAUACGCACUUGAGAAGAACAUUCCAAUUAGUAUUACGUACGAAUCUAUAAGACUUUAGCAAGUUCUGUCGAGUGAGAAUCUCGUGCAUAUUUUACAUGUAAAACUCUCGAGAAUCAAGUAAAUUAUUAAAUGUCUGUUUUUAU